UUUUAAUUAAAAAAUAUUUUUAACGACUUUUUUAUACAUUAGCAUGUUCUCCAAAACAAUUUUUAUUAGUAUUUUGAAUUAUUUCUUAAGACACUGAUUCUAAACAUGUUUAUCAUUCCUUGAGCCUAAAGAGUCGUUUAAGGCGAGCAACUGCUUGCUUACUUGAGUUUUGAUUUGACACAAAGUAUUUUUUUGAGUGUACAAUGAAUCAUCCAACAACUCAAGAUGAUUAUGUUGUUGAUAUUACUAAAAUGAAGUAUGGGAAAGAAUUAGACGGCUGUCGAUGUUUAAAUUUAUGUGAAGUUCGUUUAGUUUUAACCGACCAACUGCGAGCUAACUAUUCACGUAGUCGUCAAGCUCAAAAUGUUGUGCGUCAAGCGUAUGAUUAUUCAACACAUUUCGCAAAGAUUAAAGUAAGACAAGCUGUCUUGGAUUUAAGAUCCGUAUUAGAUAAACACGGAGACUUGGUGGAGUUUGAGAUUUCAUGUCUUGUCAAUCUUUUCCCGAGAUGUGCUGAUGAAGCUAAGUUUUUAAUUCCAUCUUUAAGGAGACUCAAAGAUUCACGUCUUUCUCAAAUACUUCAUGAACUCGAUAGUUACCGAAUUUUCGCAGCUUAAGAAAAUAUGUUUUUGUGUUAAAAGCAAUUAACACGUCCAUUUAAAUUUUCUGGUCUCAACUUCUUUUUUCAUGAAAAAAAGUCUUAUGUAAUCAUUCAAAAACUUUUGAUUCAUAGAUUUCAAAACUACAAGAUCCCAUUCUUUUUAUUUUAA